AUGGCGCCUAUUCAUAAACCUCUCGAUCCCUCUACUACCUUCGAUACCAUGCUUUCCACCAGCCCGCCGGUUGGGCCCGUCGUACUCUUGAAUAUUAUUUCCCUUCCUCCCGGAGCCGACAAGGAAUCCUUCCUAGAGACUUGGCGCUGUGCCAGCGAGGUUCUCAAGAAAGCGCCUGGUUAUAUUUCUACCCAACUGCACCAUGCUCUCGGACACGGCAACUUCAUUGUCAAUUAUGCCAUUUGGGAGGACAAUGAGACCUUGAAGAAUGGCUUAGCAUUGCCUGAAUUCCGAACAAUCUGCAAAGAUUUCCCGGAUGGCACUGUGUUCCGUGCGGCCGUCCUGAAGAAGGCUUCGAUUAAAGAUGUAUGCGUUGGCGCAUGA